CCACACCCAGGAUGGUAGCCGCACUGUGACUCCGGCAGUCGGCAGAUUGGCUGAGAAUGCAAUCCAUCAGCACGACGAGUACGAGACGGUUGCUGGGUAGCAGGGUAGGCUGUAGCGAGCUCCCUAGUAACACAGAGUGGAGGAGGGUGAGGUAAUUCUGAGACGAUUCUGCUGCACCGAGACAGGCACACUGGCAACAAAGAUUUGUGGUUUAACGGAGGAAAUAAAACAGAACGAAUGUUUAGAAUUUACAAUAACUAAAUAUAUCAGUUAUUAACUGGUAAAUAUUAAGCAUACAAAGGCGAACUGUUACUUUACGUCUGAACUUUAGAAGCUAAUAGUGCCUGCCUGUUCGCUCGCUUCUGCUUGAAUAUUGCAAUCAUGUCCGCGGGAGGAGAUUUCGGGAACCCGCUGAGGAAAUUUAAGUUGGUGUUUUUGGGAGAGCAGAGUGUUGGGAAGACUUCAUUGAUCACCAGGUUCAUGUACGACAGUUUUGACAACACCUACCAGGCAACAAUAGGAAUAGAUUUUUUGUCAAAAACCAUGUACCUGGAAGACAGAACAAUCAGGUUGCAGCUCUGGGACACUGCGGGUCAGGAGCGCUUUCGUAGCCUCAUUCCCAGUUACAUCCGUGAUUCAGCCGCAGCUGUAGUAGUUUACGAUAUUACAAAUGUUAACUCUUUCCAACAAACAACAAAAUGGAUUGACGAUGUCAGAACGGAGAGAGGAAGUGAUGUUAUCAUCAUGCUGGUGGGGAAUAAGACGGAUCUUGCAGACAAAAGGCAAGUAUCUAUCGAGGAGGGGGAGAGGAAAGCCAAAGAGCUGAAUGUAAUGUUUAUUGAAACUAGUGCUAAAGCAGGAUACAAUGUAAAACAGCUUUUCCGACGUGUAGCAGCUGCCUUGCCUGGGAUGGAAAGCACACAGGACAAGAGCAGAGAAGACAUGAUCGACAUAAAACUGGAAAAGCCCCCAGAACAGCCAGUCAGCGAGGGAGGCUGUUCCUGUUAAUAUCAUGUAUCUUAUCUCUCUCUUUCUUUCUCUCUCUAUUUUUCUCUCUCUCUCUCAUUAAAUGCCACUGCUUCUUCUCAUUUCCAUCGACUGCAGUGUGAAUAUCAGCUCGUACCUUUCCCUGUCGGUAUAAAUAUACAAAAAAGAAAAAAGAAAGUUGCAGUUUUAUUGCUGGCUGUCUCAUAUGGCCUAUUAGCAUCACAAGCACAAAACUGAAGAUUGUCAGUGUUGUCAUAUUUCCAAAAACAAAAUGCCAUAUUCCAACAGAUUUAGGCGCUUGCCUCUUAAGUGGUACAUUCUGUUUUGGGUUUAUUUAUUAAAAUACUGCACUUUUAAUGUGAAAGUCAUGAUCAGUUUGAAAAGUUUGAGUCUGGCUUUAGAACACACGCAGGGAUGAGUCUGUGUUCAACACUGAUUCACUCUUGAACAAUGACAGAAUCGACAGCUUUACAACAAAAUAAUUUUGUUUUGCAUUCUUUUUACUCUUUUAGUUAUUUAAACAGAAGGGUUAAAAAGAGUUCUAAAUUGCAAGUGCUGGAGGGAGAAGUUUUGAUACAGUAAUGGAAUCAUUAAGAAUAUAACUGUUACAUUUUUUAAAAAAUCCCUUUAAUUGAAUAAAUGACUUGCUGAUUGCAUAUUUGUAAAGCAGAGAUGUUUCAGCAUGUCAGACAUUUUCAAACAGCGAAACCUUAUUUAAAAAUACAAAUAGUUAGCAAGCUUGAAUACAUCAGGAGAGUUAUUAUUUUAAUGAAAAAAGUUUGUAAAGUAAGGGAAGUAUCAUUUGAUAUCUGAGAAAUUAUGCAGACAUUACUAUGCUUUUUUUUAGUUUACCAUUUUCUUAGGGCUUCCACUGGUUUUAUUUUUUGUUAGGUUUGUAUAGUUUGAUUUAACAUACCUGUGAUAAUAUAGUAUAGCGUUAUUUAACUAGUUUAUAUAAUUAACCCUUUCUUCUGUAAUUUAUUUCUGCAACUGGAUCAUUUAAAAUUAUUGUAAAACACAUUUUUUUUUAGGUUUUGGUAUUCUUUUUUCAGAAGUAAUCUUAGCUCCUCCCACCACCUAAAACACUGAAAAAAUAUAAUCCAUAACCCUUUCAAUCCCUUAUGUGUGUGUGUGUGUUUUUUUGGGGGUUUUUUUUUUAAGAUGCCGAUUUUACCUAAAACAAGUCUGCUGUGGUUUUUCUUUUAAUGAAAAGGUAUCACAGCUAUUAGAAACAAUGCCCAGGGCGUAUAUUAGCACAGCUUUAAUUUGUUGUGUCACACACAGUCUUUCUGUCAUUCAUAGAUAAAACUGUUUUUAGUGACUGGCAAAAUAGCUUUUGGUAAAGAGUGAAAUAAUGUUAAAUUGUGCCUGGGUGACUGGUUUCAUUGCUGUUGUGCUUUCCUGUUGCUAUACAACUGGAUGUGUCGUUUUUGUUGUUAAUAAUAAUAAUAAUAAUAAUAAUAAUAA